CAUUUUAGUUCACUUGGAUGAGUCAAGCUUAUUAGGUAGCAGCACUAGGUUGAAAAAUAAGGAGGGAAGCGUUCUUGCGGUUUUGAUCGUGAAAGAAUUGAUAGUAAUCGAUAUUAUUUAACAGAAACAUCAUAAAAUGUCUUCUUUGACAAAACCAAAAUCUGAGAUGACGCCAGAGGAAUUGGCAAAGAGAGAGGAAGAGGAAUUUAACACCGGGCCUCUUUCAGUUCUAACACAGUCCGUUAAAAACAAUACCCAAGUAUUAAUAAACUGCAGAAACAACAAAAAGUUAUUGGGACGAGUGAAGGCUUUUGACAGACAUUGCAAUAUGGUUUUGGAAAACGUAAAGGAAAUGUGGACAGAACUUCCACGUACAGGAAAAGGCAAGAAAAAGGCGAAACCAGUAAACAAAGACAGAUUUAUUCCAAAGAUGUUUCUACGUGGCGAUUCCGUCAUAUUGGUUUUAAGGAAUCCAUUGGCAACUGCAGCAGGAAAGUAAUAAAUUAAGAAUUGCUCUAAUUUUAUGACUUUGAUGUUAAGGCUACAAUAAAAGAAAUAAAACUUUUUGAUACAAACGCAAUAGCGUUUAUUAACGCGAUGAACCUUUUUCUGGAUAAAUUUUUGGACUUACAUAUAACUUAUCAAAUAUCAAGUAAAAAAAGUGUAUUAAGCAGGACAAGUUUAUUUCUUAUGAAUUGUAUACAACAUUAUCAAUCCUUUUCGGCAAUUGCGGUUAAAUGUUUAUCGAUCUCUUGCUCGGUUAAUACACUGUAACAGAAGAAUUAUCAAUAAAGUAAAUGAAGUACAACAGUAA